UUUCCAUUCACUCCAUUUUGCUUUGAGCUUCACAGAUUAAACAACUCUGCAUUGCUUGAGUUUGAGGUUUUGUAAGAAGAAGAACACUAAACAAACAAAAAUGCAUAAUCAAAGAGCAAGAACAGAAAAGAAGGGAAGGCAGCUUCAGCAUACAGAUUCUUCUGAAUCUUACUCACCAAACAGCCAGUCGGAGUCUUCGGACCUCCCUUCCUCUGCAAGAAAGCGUUUGAUUUCAGAUUCCAGUGUAGUUCGUACCCGCCGUUCCUUGAGAUUAGCAAAUAAGUAUAUUAGAACUAGAACCACCCCUGUUCAGGUUAACCUAGUCUCACAUUCCACUGAAACUUAUGCCUGCCGUUCCUCUAUGAGAUUAGAACAACAAGAGAUUGUUGAAACUGGAACAACAGCAGAGAAGAUUACAGAAGUGAGUGAUAAUGAGAAGCAAAUGGUUAAUCACUCGACUCAAGUGGAAGAGCACAAUGCAUUGGAAGUAGAACGUGCCCCUCUUGAGAAGGAACCUUUGGCUGAGGGUACUCAAGCAUCGGUUAACUCUAGGGAAAGAAUGGACAAGAACAACAGUAGGUCUAUUUCAAUGGUUGCACAUUCAUCCUCACAAUUCAGCCUUCAAUUUACUCACAUAGUUAAUAUGUGGGAAAAUGAAGGUGAUGAUGAAGUUGAUUCUGUGGGACAAAGCUCAACAAUGGACAGAAUUGAAGGAUACCAAGUGAAGAAAGAAUUCAUGCCCCUGUUAAGAAAUAUUCUCUCUAAUCAUGGAGAUAUUUUUGAGAAUUCCUUGAUAUUGACAGAAAGAUUCCGAUCACUUCUUUUGGAGACAAUAUGUGAGAUCAUCUCAGAACUGAAAGACAAGGAUCUCGUCAAAAUCACAGAAGAUAGGCUGCAAAGCAUGAUUGCCCUUGCAAAUGAAAUGAAAAAUAUGCAAGUGAACAUUGAGUGGCUUCACCUGAGAUUGGAAGAGAUAUAUGAGGCAAGGAAGAUUCUUAAACAAUCUGGCAUGCUGAAGGAGAGAAAAGAUAGCAACAAAAAGGUCAUCGAAACUGUGCAGAGAGAAUUGGAUCAGUGUCAACAAGAAAAGGAGGCAUUGGAAGCAAAGUUCCAAUCAUUACGUGAGAGAAUAUGUGAUAAAGAGUCUGCUUGCAAGGAGACACUAGCAAGAGCACAGGAUGAAUAUGCUUGCAUAUCUCAAACUAUCACAGAUGCUAAAUCUAAAGUGAAGCGCUUUUUAAAUUGCUCUCUGGUGAAUGGUUUGCUUUAG